AUGGCCGUCGAUUAUUUCGCAAACCCGCCACCAGGAUUAGACUUGAGCGAAUCGCGAACGGCAGCCAACAACGCUGUUGGCAUUGUUCUUUUUGUCUUGUCUGCUAUCUUCGUUGGCCUACGACUGCUCACAAGGCUGAGGUUGAAGCGCGAGCGACUUGGCCUGGAUGACUACCUCAUGUUCUUGGGGCUGGCCCUGAACGCUGGGAACCUGGCAUGCUGCAUAGCGGGUGGUUUCUUCGGCCUCGGGAGACACAUCUGGUCUCUUGAUGCAUAUCAGAUGCGACAGAUCACAAUCAUCACCUUUGCGUAUGUUUUCAUCUACGCAUGGAGCGUGUGCAUCAUCAAGUUCUCGAUCCUCGCCCUCUAUCAACGUAUCUUUGGAUUGUCGUGGGUGGGCUGGUUCUGCGUUGCUCUAACCACUGGCUACCUCAUCACGAACCAUGUCGUUCUGCCGCUGUACACACGGCCUUUGGGCUACUACUGGAACCAGUGGUAUGGCGCUGAAGGUAUUGUUCAGGUAGACGAAGCAAAGUUCUACCUUGGUGUCGGCAUAAUCAAUCUUUUCGGCGAUAUCUGCAUUUUGACCGUCCCGAUUUCGAACGUCAUACGUUUACGACUCGAGAGGACGCAGAAGAUAGCAAUCGUGCUCAUCUUCAUGCUCGGAAGUUUCGUCUGUUUUGCCUCCAUGUACCGCAUCAUCACAAUCGCACGACUAGUCCAGUCCCGAGACAUCAGCUGGGCGAAAAGCGACGUCUUCAUCUGGUCCUCAGUCGAGCCCUCCAUCGGCAUCAUAUCCGGCUGUCUGCCUACUCUGCGGCCCCUACUCCUACACAUCCUAUCCUCAUGGUUCAACUUCAUCCCCUCAGAGCGGUCCUCGAGCGGCAAAGGCUCGCACUCCAUCAGCCUGAACCCAAUCGAAACAAUCGGCAAGAAGCGCACGCGCAGAAUCUCAAAACAAGACACCCUCGGCGGCUCGCAGUUCACGCAGCUGCACGAGGACGCUGCAGGCGCCGACGAGCACGCGCGCGCCGCGCAGCACUCGCAGACGUGGCGGCCAGACGACGAGGAAAUGUGCCGGACGACGACGACGGUGCGCGCCCGCAGCGACCAUGGCCGCGCGCCCACAGAGCACAGCACGCCCGAGCACGCUGGAGAUGGCGGGGGGAUCGUCAUGACGAGGGAAUUCGAGUGGGAUGAAGCGAGGCGGACGUCGUCGAGUCGACACCAUCAGUAUCCCUGA